AAUUACGUGACGUGAACCUACUUCAGUUUAUAUUCCACAAAGUACCUAGUACACGACUGUACACAAAACCAAAAUAAUCGUAUUUUAGUUUGUGUUUACGAGGAAUCUUUUCAACACCUCAUUUCAGUGUAUUGUCCCAUACGCAACCAUUUCUUUAUUGAAGUCCCUAAGUUGUAAAACGCCUUCGAAGUCUUGUAAUUCAUGUUCCUCCAUAAAGUGAAGUGCGAUUUCGGAGUUAGUGGAAUAAUGGAGAGUAGUGUAUUUAUCGCUUUGUAGCGAUGUGUGAAUUGAAUUGAUAGUGUUUUUUUAUAUAAUUCAUGGUGUUUCCAAUAUUGUCAGUGUCGUUUGUAAAUUAUAGUUCGAAUCAUAGGGUCCACAACCGAGCAGACGGAUUCUACCAUGGUCGUAAAACGUGCUGCGGACAGUGCGGAUUCACCAAUACUGGAGGAGGCUGGCGAGAGUGGCUCGGAACUAAAGCCGAAGCCCCUCGUCAAAUAUGGCGAACUUGUUAUACUGGGGUACAACGGGUUUCUUCCCGCAGGAGAGCGCGGGCGUCGCCGCAGCAAGUUCGUCCUAUACCGACGCCCGGCAGCGAACGGCGUGCGUCGCUCCAAACACUAUGUCGUGAAGACACCCCACAGCAGCAAAGCUAUCCUCGAUGCGAGCCAGCACUCCAUCUCGUACACACUCAGCCGCAGUCAGGCUGUCAUAGUCGAGUACACGGAGGAUCCUGACACAGAUAUGUUCCAGAUCGGUAGAUCAUCAGAAUCUCCAAUCGACUUCGUAGUGAUGGACACAGUGGCCGGAGACAAGAGCGGCGACACAAAAGUGCUGCAGAGCACGAUAUCGCGGUUCGCGUGCAGGAUCCUCGCGGACCGGACCGAUGUCAAUAACUGCCGCAUCUACGCAGCUGGCUUCGACUCCUCUAGAAACAUAUUUCUUGGUGAGAAAGCGACAAAAUGGACAGAGAACCACGAAAUAGAUGGGUUAACGACAAACGGUGUACUGAUCAUGCACCCACGCGGUGACUUCUGCGGCGGAAGCGCCACCUGUGGGCCGUGGCGUGAGACUUCGGUUGGCGGAGCGGUCUUCUCUUUGCGGGAGAGCCGGUCGGCACAACAAAAGGGUCUGCCAUGUCAAGCAGAGACCAAUGUUCUUAGAGAUGGAACAAUGAUAGACUUAUGUGGAGCCACACUUCUAUGGAGAAGCGCUGAGGGACUUAAAAAUUCACCGACGAAGCGUGACCUAGAAGCUCUGGUAGACGAACUAAACGCGGGGCGGCCGCAAUGCCCCGUUGGACUCAACACAUUGGUGAUUCCUCGCAAGCUGUCCUCGGCACAUCAGGACUUAAAUCAGCCUUAUGUGUAUCUCAACUGUGGACAUGUGCAAGGGGAACACUCAUGGGGAGCAGCAGAGGGCAGUGAAACAGGCGUGCGUCGGUGUCCUAUGUGCCUCACAGCGGGCUCCGUGGUGCGCGUGUGCAUGGGCAUCGAGCCCGCCUUCUACGUGGACUCAGGCCCACCCACCUACGCCUUCAACCCGUGCGGACACAUGGCCUCAGAGCGGACUGUCAAAUAUUGGGCGACGGUAGACAUACCGCACGGCACAAAUGGUUUCCACGCGAUCUGUCCAUUCUGCGCGUCCCCGCUGCAGGGCACGCCGGGCUACGUGCGCCUCAUCUUUCAGGACAACCUUGACUGAAUCUCGCGCUCUCGCUCGCACGCACAGGUACUCUAGCUGACGUGUGCGGUAGGUGUAAAAGAGACAACAAGUGAUAUAAGAAAUACAUUGACGUCGACAUGUAGGCAGUAAAUGCUAAAGACUUUGUUACGCUUUAUAUGACACGGUUAAAAUAAAUAAUCGUGAACUAGGAUCCCCUCCCUUCUAUGCAUCAUCAAAUCAAAUCUACGUAAUUAAAUACAAAAUUCCAGUUAAAAGCUUUAUGGGAUCAUGUUCAUUGACCUUAAUAAGUACAGAUAGUUUUUUUUGUAACGGCAGAAAUUCAUAAUCAAUCUAUCUGUUAUCUGACGAUACGUUACAAAGCAACAUUGAUAUUUGUCAUAAAUUUAUACGACCUUUUUAACAAAUAACAACGUUGCUAAGUAACUUAUCGACAGAUUACAGACAUAUUGAUUACUAUACGCUAUCCGCGAAAUGACGUUUAGUAUAGCGCUCUCUCUGUUACGUUAUCCCAUACAAAUAAUAGAGCAAAAAAUUUCAGUGGGCGUAAACCAUUUCGAGACACCAACCAAUCACAAACACGUUU